UAUAAGACACGUAUCAAAAUUUCCUAUAGUUUUCGGAUUAUUUUGAACUUUCCAAUUUGAGUCAAUGGAGGUGUCUAGAUUUUGUGAGGAGAAGGAAAUCAACAAUUACCAAAGUCAGUUGGAGGCUCGGAAACUGAAACGUCAAGAGCUCAUGGAAAAGUUUGCAAAAGAGCGACAUAAAAGAAACCGGGAGAAGGAACUGAAAAAGUUGUCCGAGGGUCGAGGAAAAUGGUUCAAGGGUGUAGAAACUAGAAAAUCAAAUAAGGAGAAAAAGAAGAAUUCGAAGAAGAUCGAGGAUGCAAAGAAUAAUGAGGGAAGUUCUGGAGCGUUGAAAAUGGAACAGGAAUGUUGUCUGGAAAACGUGAAGGAAAAAGUCGUGAAGAUGAUCAGUGUUGUCAAGGCGGAGAUUAAGAAGGAAGAAGUAUAGAUGAAGAUGGUAACAAUCAAUGAUUAUGAAUUAAAAGGGAGAAUGUGAAUAAAUUUCGA